AUGACCAAGUUACUCACUGCCGUCGCAUGCAUGCAGGCCGUAGAAGCAGGCAUCGUGCGCCUGGACGAACCCAUUUCAAAAAUACUGCCGGAAGUAGGAAAAUAUGGCAUCUUGACUCGUUUCGACGACGAGAAGAACGAGAGUGUAUACAUGCAACAAAAGACUCCAGUCACGCUCCGUCCAUUACUGGCGAAAUGGGGUGCAAGUCGGGGAGAGCUGCCCUGGACUGGACCGACCGUCGAACACAAAGCGACGCUGCCUCUCCUUUUUGAACCAAGCACCAGCUUCCGGUACAGCGGCGGAUUUGAUUGGGCUGGUAAUCUAAUGGAGCGUUUUACUAGAAACACGUUUGAACAAUUCAUGAUCGAGGGGAUCUUCGAACCACUCGGCAUAAAGAACAUCACCUUCUACCCGGACAGGCGACCUGGCGUGAGUAACCAUCUUGCCACAGUGAGCAUGCUGAGCGAGACAGGCGAAGGCUUGGCGGCCCACGCGGCUACUUUCGAUCCACUGUUUGGUGGCAAGGAUUGCUUGGACUGCGGCGGUGCGUAUGUUAGUGCGAGUGACUACUUCAAGUUUUUGCACGCUGUUCCGCGGCGGGACUCCAGGAUGCUCAAACCUGAAUCCUACGAUGAACUUUCAAGGCUCGGCUGA